AUGACUCCUCGGCGUUGUCCGAUGCCUCCUCGGCGUUGCUGGUUCUUGGCGUACGUUUGGUGGCUGCCACUGAUGAUCGUGGCGGUCGACGACCAGAAGGGCGAAGGCUGCUCGGCCAAGAGAUGCAGCAACUACACCAUCUCCCACCCAUUCUGGCUCGUUGACGACCAGACGGGAAGAUCAUGUGGCCACUUGGGCUUUGAAGUCACUUGCCGUAGCAACCGCACUCCAAUUCUUCGGAGCUCUGUGGACGACGGUUUUGAAAUAACCGGCAUCUCCUACGAGCAAUGGAGUUUGUGUGUCGUCGAUCUAUACAAGCGGAAUCACCUGCACGACACCAACAGUUGCCAUGUCCCAAGCUGGAACGCCUCCGACCAAUUGGGCGUCCUGUUUAGGGUCGACCCCGUCAACCUGAACCUCAUCUUGUACAAUUGCACCAAGGCGGCGGCGGCGAUGGUGGCACGUCGAGACAGGGCGAUGGUGCCGAUAAGAUGCGGGAACAGGAGCAAUGCCUUUGUGCGCGCAGGAGGGCAUUACGAUGCUACGGACGACUAUGCCAGAUACUAUAUGGAGGGCUGCGAAGCAACCGUUGUGCCGGUGCUGGGCGUUCACGGCAUGGCGAACGCGAGCAACUACGAGCAGCUCAUCAGUGGUGGAUUCCUCCUGACAUGGCAGACCGGUAAGCUUGCUUCUCAGAUUAGCACUUCUUUUCACUCCAUGAAAUCUUGUAUCACCUACUCCCUUCGUCCUAUAAUAUAA